GUUGACACAAGCCAGACGCCACGCUGGCAAUGCCCCGUACGGAUGACAGCCUCACACAACCCCUAUAUAUAACCAAUUUUUGACACCCCAUUCCUCCCAUUUUCCUAGCUGACUUCAAACGUCUUCCUUGUCCCAAUGCUUUCCCUGCUCUCUCUCUCUCUCUGUCUUUAAUGGAGUUUUGCCUUUCUUCUGUUCCACUCUCACAUUCCAAACUCAUAACAGCAACAUUUCUUGUCGUUCCUUAGUCCAGAAUAUAUACUUACUGAAGUUUUUAAUUAGUUUUCGGAGCAGAAGAAAAUCACGAUGUUGCAGCGGGACGUGCUUCAUCAGCAGGGGCAGCUUCGGAUUGAUGAUAUUUCGAGUCCGAUUAUUGCUCAGAUUUUCGACUUCUGUGACCCAGAAUUGUUUUCAGAAACUCUUCAGAAUUCAGAGGUUACUUCUUCAAACUGUUGUUAUGAUCAAGAGAACUCAUCUUAUACAAACAAUCCCACCUCUUUGCCCACAGAUGUAGACAAGUUUAAUAACAAUAAUAGUUACCACGACAACACCAAUGCUAAUACUAGCACAAGCACGCCCGCCACCACCGCCACAAGCACCACCACCACCGCCACCACUUACAACACCGACAACAACAGCAGCAACAACAACCUCUCAACAAUCUUUGAUUCCCAAGAUAAAAUCGAUAAUGACAUCUCGGCCUCCAUAGACUUCUCUUCAUCUUCUCCCUUUUCUGUCAAUCCAUUUCUCUCAACACAACAAUACCAAUUUGACUUCUCUUCAGUGCAGCCUCAUCAAAUCCCCAUAUCCGAAGUAAACGUCGACGGACUUUCAUCACAGUACCCUGUGGAACCCGUCCCGCCAUGUCUUUUGGGGCCUCGUCAUCAGCCAUUGCCAUCAGUUUUUGAAGAAGAGUGCCUCUCCUCCGUGCCUUCUUAUGCUUCUUGCUCUUUCUUCGGCCCUGCUGAAAUGACCACAUACAUGCCUACUGCAACCAUGACCGCCGCAUUAUCCACCGAUAGUGAAGGGAUUUUCACCGGCGGCAUUCUUCGAGGUUCCGACUUUCAGCUUCAGGAUCUGGAUUAUCAGGGUGAUAAUGGCGGAAUUUACUGUCCCGAUUCUCUGCAGAGUGUUCUUAACCCAGCAGACUUACAGAAGGCUCUAAGUGGAGACAGUCAACAACUGGUGGGAAGGGCGAGCAGUUCGACUCCUAUGGCGUCAGAGAUAUCAAGUUUGGAGGAUUCAACGUUUAAAGUAGGGAAAUUAUCAGUUGAACAAAGGAAGGAGAAGAUACAUAGGUACAUGAAGAAAAGAAAUGAGAGGAAUUUCACCAAGAAAAUCAAGUAUGCCUGCCGGAAAACGUUGGCUGAUAGCCGGCCGAGAGUCAGAGGAAGGUUUGCAAAAAACGAUGACUUCGGAGAGACACAUAGAACACCUUGUAGCAAUCAUGAAGAAGAUGAUGAAGACGAAUUGGUGGUUGUUAAAGAAGAAGAUGCCAUGAACGAUUCCUCUACAGAUAUUAUUGGACACAUCACUGGCGUAAACUCUUUCAAAUACAAUAAUUUUCCGAAUAAUUAUUCAAUCCAAUCCUGGAUUUGACUUGUUUAUCAUUGGCAACAUCAACUAUGAACGUAUAUCUCUACAAUUUUCUCCAGCCUGGUGUAAUAAACACAAACUUAUAUUAUUAUGAAAAAUUGAGUCAGGAGGGUUAUAUAGAAACCAAGUGAAUAACAGCAUUAAUUUUUGUAGAUAUUUUUUCAUUUUUUAUGAUCGAAUUUUGAGUCCAUGUAUGUACUAACUACCACCACCACAACCGGCAACAGCUAGCAGCAAUAUCGAACUAGCUUAAAUGCUAGUUGCAGAAAUUUAUGUAUAGUUGUUCCCCACAAAUUGUAAAUAAGAUGUGUACGUACGUAUGUAGUAGCUAGCUAGCUUCAUUAA